AUGCAAAUCUUUGUGAAGACCCUCACUGGCAAGACCAUUACACUUGAGGUUGAGAGUUCGGACACUAUCGAUAAUGUCAAGGCUAAGAUUCAGGAUAAGGAAGGUAUCCCUCCUGACCAGCAGAGGUUGAUCUUUGCUGGAAAGCAGCUAGAGGAUGGUCGAACUCUUGCUGACUACAACAUCCAGAAGGAGUCCACCCUCCA